AUGACACAAGCUCGAAAGCUUACACGUAAGCUCAGCAACAUCGGGCUUUCGACACUUGUGACUGAAGUGCCCUCGAAUUUGUCAAUUCCUGUGUCUGUCGUGACUUUGGAAGGUUCAUUUACCCGAGAAGACUACCUCAAACUCUUGCAAGAGCGUCUAUUGCAGGACCCCUUUUUCCUGCGGUGGCGCAGCAUUGUCCAUGGCAACCAUCAGACUGGUGAGUAUGAGUACAUGGAGGUGCCCAAUUAUGACAUAACGCAGAACGUGGUAGAGCACACGGUCAAAGACGGUGAGACCACCCUAUCAUACGUCGAGUCGGUGUUAGUAAACUCACCGUUAGAUUUUAAGAAGCCGCUUUGGGAGAUGCACGUGAUUUCUGACCCUAAUAGCAGUCCAAGAAACACGAGUAUUGGCUGGAAGGUGCAUCACUGUUUAGGGGAUGGCGCCUCGCUCGCCCUGGCAAUGGUCAAGCUCAGCGACCAAAGCGAUUUUUCUGAAAAGCGCUCACAUGCGAAGAAUAAUCUUACGAACGUAAAAUCUCGCGAAUCUAUGGGCAAGAUUAUAAAAAGUUUUCUGGCGUAUCUAUACCUCUGUUUAUGGUCGAUCUACGUAAUCUUCUACCACGUGUUUGCAAUGAUGACGCGUCCUGAGCCGGCCACGGUUUUCAAACGCCCGGGUGGCACGCGUAAACGCUUAUCGUACAAGAUGAAAUACUCCGUCAAAACAACCAAGGCAGUAGGCAAACAUUUUCAAGCGACAGUUAAUGACGUGAUGCUCACUGUCUUGGCGGGAGCUAUGCGCAGGACCAUGCUUGCAGAAGGGCAAUCUGUAGAACCAUCGCUGAAGGUGCGAUGCGCCAUCCCGGUUGACAUGCGCUCUCGUAGUAAAAGUAUCCGCCACACCAGCAACCAGUUCUCUUCGCUUAUAAUCGACCUUCCACUUGGUAUCGAAGACCCUGCACAGCGCUUGCGACGAGUCACAAGUUCGAUGAAUGGAGUCAAAAACUCGCUAGCAAAAUAUUUCAUGUACUAUUCGAUCCACCUUUUGUCACAACUACCAGCACCACUGAUGCGGUCAAUUGUGCAUUUUUUCACGAGUCGCAUUUCUGUAGCUGUUACGAAUGUGCGUGCCAGCGUUAUUGAAAUGAGUUUGUGUAACAAGCAGGUUUCUGGCUUUUACGGUUUCGUGCCACCCCCACCUUACGUCAACCUGGGGGUAGCCAUACUGUCGACGGGUGAUGACCUUGGUCUUAAUGUUCUUGUGGACCCUUGCGUCGGUGUUGAUGCCGAGCAGUUUUUAGAGUUUGCAUUGGAAGAAUAUUCUGCGCUUCAUGAGAUCGUCACAGCCAUGGACACUUAUUCCGGUGAAGAAGGAAAGAAGGUGAAGUGA